AUAGUAAGUUUUGAUCUUUGAAAUAACAGCAUGCCAGAUCUGUGUGCUUGGACGUCAUGUCUAUAUGUUAUAUCCCAGACAAAGACUUUUAGCCUGAAUCAAGAUACUAUGCUCCCUGUUGUUUGUUAUUUCAGAAACGGAAACAAAUUGUCCGUUCAUUAGAUGUUGCUGCCUUGUGGCUCAACUCUUGCUGUGAAGGGGAGCAAUCGGCAGUAGUAAUCAUCAUCCACGCAACUCAUGCCUGUAACACCUUCAAUCAUUUAGUUGGUUAUUAUUGCCAUUUAGCGGCUGUUGCCGAGUCCUGGGUGCAGUUCUCAAACCGCUGCUUUCUGUUUUCUGAUGUUUAUGUGUUCCAACAGAAAACAUGCCAAAACAUGUGUUGCGUUCAUGGGAUAUGUGUGCCUGCCCUGACGCGUGCCUUUGCUUUCUUCCCUGUCUUGAUGCGUAGGUCAAGUUUGUGAGAACAAGAAACACCUAUAGCCCCUAAAGUGACGGGCCAGGGUGUGUUGGCUUGAAAGAAUGAACAAAAUCGAUUCCCCAAGCCACUACUCGGGCGGCUCAAGCAACCUUAACCUCUGGCUCACUCCUCCAAGCAACCCAUGCAGCUAUGGCAUGCUAAGCUCCCAGCCGCUUCCUCCUUCAUGUCCUCACCGCCUCAUCUUCCUCCCUCGUCGCCGCUAGCUGCUCCUGUGGCUCUGCCUCCACGGCCCUCCGCCCAACAAUGGCGUCGUGCGCGGCGGAGACCGGCCUGGUGGCCAUGGACUGCCUGGUAGUGUGCUGCUGCUGCCCAUGCCUGGUGCUGCAGGUCACCGUCUUCCUCUUCGUCAGGCUGCCCAAGAAAGUGGUCGUCAAGACGAAGCGGAUCGUCCUGAGGAGAUGGCACAGGAGGAGGCCGCCGGCGCCGUCGUCGUCCAAGGGAGGAGCUGGCUGCGCGGCCUCGGCGCGCCUGAAGCUGGAGGAGUUGCUGGACCUGGACGACGGUUUUGAGGCCGCGUUCGGGGACGGAAAGGGCGGCGCCGACGGCUGGAAAGAGCGGUGCUUCCCCGUCGACGACGACGGCGGCGACGCCGUGUGGGAGGCGAUCAUCGAGCAGGAAGGUCUCUUCUGGUUCGGCAGCUUCUGGGGCCGGCCGGAGCAGGAGGGGCCGGCUGCUGGAGGUGACGAUCAGAUGAGUGGAAGCUUCAGGCUACCUGUCGGCUUAGAGAGAGUCUGUGAAUAGCCAGGUUAAACGGUUUGAUUCACACGACGAUGUAAAUACGAGGCUUUUCGCCGAGGAUCUCGUUCAGAGAAUGUACAUGUCAACGUACCAGGAAUAAGGUAUGUUCAUGGCAGAAAGAGAAGAAUGUUCGGAAAGAAAUCAAACUUCACCCGAGAAAUUUGGGACAUCAGUAAAGCGGCAGGACGGCCGUUGCUGCUGUCGGUGGCGGUCGCCGGUCAAUCGGCUGAGGAUCGGGUACCGACUUGACAAGUGACGACGCGUAACUGUUAGAUUGGAUCACUUCACCAUCGACCGUGGCCUGUCAGCCGUCGAUCUGGUCU